AUGGAACAACUCCGAUUCGACAAUCGAGUGGCUGUAGUUACUGGUGCAGGAGGCGGAUUAGGCAAAGCCUAUGCUCUACUUUUGGCAUCGAGAGGAGCAAAAGUGGUUGUAAAUGAUCUAGGCGGUGGUAGAGAUGGCAGUGGAAAGUCUACUUUUGCCGAUGCAGUUGUUCAGGAAAUCAAAAAUAAAGGUGGUGUGGCGGUUGCAGAUUAUAAUUCCGUUGUUGAGGGGGAGAAGAUUAUAAAAACAGCUAUAGCUAACUUUGGACGUGUUGAUAUACUUAUCAACAAUGCUGGUAUCCUUAGAGAUAAAAGUUUCAGCAAAAUGACUGAGCAGGACUGGGACUUGAUCCAAGCAGUACAUUUGAAAGGCGCUUUCAAAACCACUCAAGCGGUAUGGGAGAUCUUCAGGAAGCAGAAAUAUGGCCGCGUGGUAAUGACGUCUAGCAACGCCGGCCUGUUUGGUAAUUUUGGCCAGGCGAAUUACAGCGCUGCGAAGAUGGGCCUGGUCGGUCUUGCGAAUACACUGGCUAUCGAAGGCGCUAAGUACAACAUAAAGGUGAACACGAUUGUACCAACCGCUGCCUCGCGUCUCACUGAAGACAUACUGCCGCCCGAGAUGUUCCAAGCGAUGAAGCCCGAGCUCAUAGCUCCGGUCGUGGCGUACAUGGUGCACGAAACGUUCCCGGAGAAUGGCGCCGUCAUCGAUUCCACUUUGGGAUAUGCCACAAAGCACCAUCUCGUGCGGUCUAUUGGUACCCCGCUGAGGAAGAAGCCAGCGGAUCCAGUGACCGUUGAGUCCGUCAUGGAGGCGUGGCCCCAAGUGGUGAACAUGAGGAACUGCUACCGUCUGGACAAGAUCGCCGAGGUCACCGUGGACCUGGUGGAGAAGCUGCAGGAGUUCGAGGAGCGAAGCAGAUUGGACAGCGAGAAAGAAGCGUAUUGGUCCAAUUACAACUACAACUCAAAGGACCUCGUGUUGUAUGCACUCGGCGUCGGCGCCUCCGUCGUCAAUCCGACCGACUUGAAGUUUCUGUACGAGAGCCAUGAGAGCUUCAUGGCGCUGCCAACUUUCUUCAUCCUGCCCGGCAUGGUGAUGGAGUCGCCAAUCGUGGGCAAGUCCAUGCCGCCCGGGAAACAUGCGGACUUCACCAACAUACUCCACGGCGAGCAGUACAUCGAGUUCCUCGGCGACUUUCCCGGUACCGACGGCGAGUUCACGGUGCGAAACUACGUAGUGGACAUGCUGGACAAGGGCUCCAGUGCAGUGGCGAUUGUGAACAGCGAGGUCUAUCAGAACAAAACGCUGGCGUUCCGCACCCAGCAGCACGUGUUCGUGGUGGGUCAAGGCGGGUUCGGUGGGCCCAGGAACAGCGCCAAGUCUGUGAAUGUCCUGCCCGCACCCAAGAGACCGGCCGACGCAGUCUUAGAGCAGCGCACCAGCGAAGACCAAGCGGCCCUCUAUAGGUUGUCCGGCGAUUUGAACCCACUUCACAUCGACCCAAAUGUGGCGACAGUUUCGGGUCAUUCCAAGCCAAUUCUCCACGGCUUGGCGUCUCUUGGCUUCUCCGCAAGACACGUCCUGGCCAAAUAUGGUGGCAAUGACUCUACCAACGUGAAGGCAGUGAAGGCGCGCUUCGCUAAGCCCGUCCUACCGGGCCAGACCCUAGUCACCGAGAUGUGGCUUGAAGGCAACCGAGUUCACUUCCAAACUAAGAUCAAAGAAACCGGCAAUGUUGUUAUCUCAGGUGCAUAUAUGGAUUUGAAAAAGAUUGUAAAGGGUGAUGCUGCUUUGCCACCUGAAACUGCUCCCCAACAAUCAUCAUCGUCCAGUGCGUUGAAAAGUGAUGGACUUUUCAACAAAAUUGAUGAACAUGUUAAAGCCAACCCUGCGCAAGCGAAAGCUGUUGGAGCUGUAUAUCUUUAUAACAUUACGGAGAAUGGAAAGACUAUUAAACAGUGGACUUUGGACCUUAAAUCUGGAGUGGUCCACGAAGGUCAACCCAAGAGUGGCAAAGCAGACACAACACUGACAGUAUCAGAUAGUGACUUAAUUGAAAUAGCAUCAGGAACCCUUAAUCCACAAACUGCAUAUUUGAAGGGUAAACUUAAGAUUUCUGGAAAUUUGAUGCUUGCCCAGAAACUGGGCCCACUAUUGAAAUCUGGUUCCAAAUUA